AUGCGUCUGGUUGCAAGUGAACGUAAAUCAUUUUUACCUUUACGAUUACGACCAACAACCGAUAUAGUUGGUCCUCGUCCAACAGUACCGAUGCCAAUUGUUACUGAAACUAAUAAUAAACCAUCAUUAACAGUUGGCAGUCGUGUUUUAGUAAAUGGACUUAAAGGUGGCACUCUACGCUAUAUAGGUAUAGUAAAAUUUGCACAAGGUAUAUUUUGUGGUGUUGAACUCGAUGAACCAGAUGGUAAACAUGAUGGUGAAGUAAAAGAUGUUCGUUAUUUUCAAUGCCCAUCAAAUCAUGGAGUAUUUGUACCUCACGAUAAAGUUAUUUGCGCACCUCGAGCACGAGCAUCAUCACAACAAAGAGCAGUAAGUCGUUUAAAACGUCCAACAUUGACACGUUCAAUAACGCUUACAUCAUCAAUUAAUAAAAUUGAUCAAUCAAAGUCUGUUCAAUUACCAGAUAUUGUACCAACUCCAACAAGUACGCAACCGGUGACAUUCGAUGAACCAAUAGUGAAUGAUAAUCAUGAAAUUAUUUUAUUAACUGCUGAACAACCAAAGGAAGAGACAACUAUUAAGGUUGAACAACAAUCCAUCGCAAUUGAUGAACCACCAGAAACAAUUGAAGUGGAUUUUACUGAUAGUGUUUCAUUAAUUUUACAUCAAUUACAACAAGAACAACAACAAAUCGAUCGACAAUCAUCGUCAAUAACAAUUAGUGAAGAAGAAACUGAUGAAGAAACAGAUGAAUUAGAUAACGAAAGUGUAGUUGAAUCUACAACGAAUGAACAAUUAAAUCGAACUCGUCAAUCAUCUGUAUCGUCAGUUUUAAUUCCAAUCGAAUUAACAAAAUUUGUUCAAACAGAUUUAACAUUUGAUUCAAAUGAUAAUAUUUCAUUUACUAAAAUUGAUAAAGCGAAAAUAAAUAAAAAAGAUGAACGAAUAAAUAUCACUAAGAAACCUUCAGCAAUUCAACCUAUCAAAAAAACGGUAGAACGACGGCCAAUACCACCACCACCACCAACAACAAAACGACCAGUUACUAACAUAGUUCCUCGAAAACCAUCAAUUAUUCCAGCAAGAAAAGGAUCAAUACCGAAACUUAAACUUAAUUCAGCACAAUCCGUAACUUCACUUACAUCACAAUCGAAACAAAGUUUAUCGUUUUCGUCAUCGAACUCAUUGAACAGUAGUCAAUCAGAUUUAGCAUCAGUUACUAAAAGUUCGAAUACACAAAAUACUUUAAUAAAACUUGAGGAAUCUCAAAAUAAUCUCCAUAAGCUUGAACAGCAAUUAAUAAUUGAAAAAAAUCUUAAUCAAUCUCUUCAAACAAAUAAUCAACAUUUAAAAAAUUCUUACCAAUAUUUACUUAAGAAAUUUGAUCUUAUGCAUAUUUUCAGUCAAUAUUAUAUUGAUGAAAAUGAACAUAUUCGACAACAACAUGAAUCUCAGUUAUCAAAAGUUCAAAGAAAAAAUGAUCAAUUAAAAACUUCAAUUCAACAUUUACAACUAUCACAUAAGAAUGAAUUAACUGCAUUGGAUAAACAAUAUCAAAAUCGAAUUGAAAUACUUAAUAAAACUCAUGAACAACAAUUAAAUGAAUCUCAACAAAAAUUAAAUAAUUUAUUAAAUGAAAAAACUCAAGUUGAUUCGCAUUGUUUAUUAUUACAAGAAAAAGUGAAUGGUUUUGUAACUGCAAUGGAAAAUAGUGAACAUGCAGAUGUUUUAUUAUGUCAUGUUGAUACAUUAGAAAAAGAUCGAACUAGUUUACAAACAGUACUUGAACUUAAAAAUAAAGAAAUUGCACAAUUAAGAACAAAACUUCAUGAACAAGAAAAUCAAUUAAUUGAUAUUAAAGCAUUACGAAAACGUGUUGAUAUGGCUGAAAAUCGAAAUCAAGAUCUUGAAUAUCUUCUACGACAAAAACAAUUAAGUGAAAAAGCUGCUGUUGUUGAACGUGAUGUAUUAAAAGAACAAGUAACACAACUUGAACGAGAUAAUUGUCAAUUAAAAUUUGAGAAUGAAACAUUACGAUAUCGUCUUCGUGAACGAUCAUUUUCCGUUUCUAUGAUAUCAGAUAAACCUGCAAGACUUCCACAUACAUUAAUUUCAAUUCCUUCACAAGAAGAACGAAUUCGUGAUCGUGCUUAUAGUAUAUCAACAACAAUGCUUACUUCACAUGAGAAUGAACAUAUAACUCGUUCAUUAUCAUCUUUAAAUUGUAUUCUUAAUCGGUGA